ACUAUCAAGUUUUGAGUUUUUGGUUGACAGUUAAGCUGAUAAGAAUAAUAAAAGAGUAUAUUUAGCACAUAUUGAGGAAAACUUAAAUGAAUAAUGGAAACAUGACUUAUCUUAUAGAUAUUUAUCCAAUGUUGUGUUAGAAUAACCAAUAUGGCUGUGUACGCGGCUCACUUAACGCGAACUUUACAAGGCACCCCAUCAGUGUUCCAAGUAGUUGCUCAGGAGGCCCUUGGAGGAACAGUUAAACCAGCUUUACGGAAACUAGUGGAGUAUGUGGCGGCUGUGUAUCCAAAUAAAUGUGGGUGGUGUGAGAGAUGGUAUGAUGAGCUAUACUUGUUAUUGGACUGCACCCUGCAAUACCACUACCUCAAACAUUAUGCUGCAUCAUUCUCAGAAUGCUUCUAUGGUUUGUUCCGAGUGCCAAUAUCCCCCAGCACUGAGUUCAGUUCAGGACCUCGACUACCCCAGAACCUCGAGCGAGGGUCACUAGCACUGCUCGUGCUGGUGCCAUAUAUCCGGGAGAAAGUUGAGAAGAUUGUGGAUAAGUGGAGAGAAGAUUUGGAAGAUGGAAGAUUGGGUAAGAGCAGAGCCGACGGCGCCCGCAGAGCCGCCGUCCGCGUGUGGAGCGCCGUGCACUUCGCGAGCGCGGCGGGCCGGCUGGCGCUGCUGGCGCGCUACGUCAGCGGCCGCGCCCGCGCGCCGACGCCCGCGCUGCUGCUGCUCGGCCUCGCGCUGCGGGACGCGCCCGCCGACCCGCCCGACGACACCUGGGCCGACUUCUCCCGGGCCCUCUCGGCCGGCCACUUCGCGGGCGCGGUGGUCACGUUCCCCAUGCUGUGGCGCGCGUGCAGCGCCCUCGCGCAGCACGGGGCCUUCGCCGUGCAGCUGCUGCGCUGGUGGGACGCGCGCCGCCCGCUCGCACUCUCCCACCUGCCCGUGCCGCCGCCGCCGCAGCGCGCGGAGGCCGCGGCGCCCAACGUGUGUCCGCUGUGCCGCCAGCGUUGGCGCGUGCCCGCCGUGCUGCCGGUCUCCGGCUACGUGUUCUGCUACGCGUGCGCGCGGCGGCACGUGCGCGCGGCGGGCGCGUGCCCCGUGACGCGCGCGCCCGCCGCGCCCGCCGACCUGCGCCGCCUCUACGUCGCCGCGUAGGCGCACGGCGCAUUCGAGCGGAAACUUUCAUCCAGAAAAUCGACUGACUCUAUUGACGUGAACUAAAAUCGCUCUGUGAGUCUUCUCUCCGAAUCGUCGGCGAGAUGUAAGAGACUAGUGAUGCCAUCUAGUGAUAAUUUGGCACGACUGAGCCAUCAAACUAAGAAUUUAAUUGAACUUUUCAAAUAAUAAAAAAAUAGAUUUUGUAAUUAAAAUAUGUACCAAAGUAAUCAAUCCUUAUUUCCAAAGUGUGCAAAAGUUCAGCUGGAUCGGAUGAGAUAAAAUUCAGCUACAAGAUUUGACACGAAUAUAAAACUAGAAACGAUAAUUAAACGUAUAUUUUUUUAUUUAUUAUAUCUCAGAUUAUAAAAAAGAUGGAUGGAUGGAGCGCGCAGAACAUAAAGGGAAACAACAAAACCGAAUAAAUUAAUACGUCAAAUGCUGUCAAUGUCAAUUUUAUUAUUAACUUGAUUGAUUGGAUUUUAGUAUUAACCAGCAUUGCAUAACUAUCGAUAGUUGACCUCGAAAACUAUUACUAGUAGUGUCGUAGUAUCGUUUUGAUCGAUACUGUAACACCUUAACUAUCGACAGCGGACUAUCGAUAUGCAACGUUAGUAUUAUCAAUACGUGUCUUUUUGCAGUGCUGGGGAUAUUUCUUAUGCUCUUUUAAUUGUGUAUUUGCCUUUGUUGCUUAGUUACAAUGUUCCACGCGCUCCAACUACUCAUUGUUGUAUAAUCAAUGUUUUAUAAAAAUAUAAGGUGUAUAUGCCUUCGAAGCUUUAUUUAUACAAACCUACUGUUAUAUUAACACAAAAUUCCUGGUCAUUGACUUUAAAAACUUUCAUAGAUUCAUUUAGUUAUAUAAUAAAAGGUGACAGAUUUUUUUUUAUGUAAAUAUUUUAUUAUAUUAAAAUAUAAUUUACACAUGUCUGUAAAUAUGUUUAUUUAUAUUUCGGGGUAUUUAUGGAAAAGACGAACUAAAAAUAUAAUGUGUUCCAAGAGGGCUGUGGUCUUGAAUGUUUAAUGGUUUAUAAAUGUUGUUAUUAAACAUGUUAAAAUAA